AUGAAAAAUGAAUUAGAUGAAGACGAUGAUGAGAUAACAUUCCGAAAUGGUUCUGAGGAAGCAAUCCUUACUCCUAUCGCCACAAGGGAACUCAGAAAUAAUGAUGAUACCAAUAAUGGUGAGCUCAAUUCUCUUCGUGAACAGUUACAAGAGUUGCGGUUUCAACGAUCCGAAAUCUCUCUUGAAAAGCAAAUCAAUAAAGAAAGGGAAGAGAUUCUUAUAUUGCAAUCUGAAUCAACACACACCUCAACUCAUCCUACGGGAUCUCAACUAAGCCAGCAAUUAUUGUCCAGAGUAACAGACAGUGGCAGGACAGAAGGCAUUCGGGAUGGUUUUACUUUGAUUGAUACUACUAAUAAUAUCGAAUCGGUGGAAUGCGACAAUUAUAGAUCAGCGACACAAUUUAAUAAUAAUGUUGCGCAGCAAAUUUUAACUGAAAUCCAGCAUGGUAAUUCUAUUGUAAGUCUUACAAAACCAAAAGUAGUUAGUGCAUUAGUUGCCAUUCCGAAAUCAAACAAUAAAAUGCGUUUAAUUCAUGAUGCUAAUAGACCCCCCGGUAAAUCUUUAAAUGACAAUGUAGAUCCAGAUACAAUGUUAGAUACCGAGGCUGCAUAUUGGGCAGCAUGUCUGAUAGAUUUUUUUGGUCUCCUGCGUGCCAACAAUGUACUAGUUAAGAAUACUUUUGACCCUUCACGGGAAUUACGAACAGUUGACGCAUUUUGA